GGGAACGUUAGGUACUCUAUGGAAUGUUAACCUGCAUCUAUGGCUAAGAUACAUCCCUAAGAUUCCGAAUAUUUAAGUUCUCCUUUUCCGCUAGUUACCUUGAAAUGAUAGCUAUUCUACCCCUAUCCAUUUCUUAGCAGAAUCUCUAGGCUAGGAGACUGGCCGAUAUGUCAUCAGGUUCAGAUUCACCUUCGUCGCUCAAAGUAGAUCGUGGUCCAUAUCUACUUCGCAUAUUGACCCCGAUCUCAGUGAUUGUAACCUUUACCGUUGGUCUUCGUAUUGUUAUGAGAAUACGCCGUACUUCUAAUAUCGGGAUUGAUGACUGGCUAAGUGUAGUUUCUCUUGUAAGUCAUUGGGCUCGUCUCGCUAAAUAAUUAAUAUAUCUCUCCAGUCUGUGUACCUCUUCUUAAGUAAGAUGCCGAUGAAACUGAGUUUCGAAUAUUGUUCUAGGUACUUUCGUGGGCGCAGUAUGCUCAUGUUGUUCUGCUCGUCAAGCUUGGCGGGGUGAGAAGAUCAAUUAGCUGGGACGAACCUCAAGGAAAUAUAGCCUCUAAGGUGAGCCUGCUUGUAUUACACUGAGAUUCUGAAGAUAUAUGUUUAAUUGGGCUAACUACUUUGCCUAACAUGAUUUUCGCUAGCCAAUGGAUCUAUGCGACGACUAUCCUAACUACCAAGCUCAGCAUCCUGACGAUGUACAGGAAUAUCUUCCCGGUACGGCUAAUGAACAUAGGGCAUCUUGUCUUGGGCUCUAUUACUAUAGUAUGGUGGGCUGCUUAUGUUCCUGUCGAAACCUUUCAGUGCACUCCUGUCAAGAAGAUAUUCGACCCUGACAUAAUCGGCCAUUGUAUUGGAACUUCCGCAUUCUUUGCGGGGAUUAUGAUUCCUAAUAUUGUCACGAACGUCGCAAUUUUAUGCCUACCUACCUACGAGAUCAUGAACUUACACCUCACGCGUGGCCAACGUGCCGCAUUGUCUGCCAUUUUCUUACUUGGAACAGGUGUAGUUGCUGCAAGUGGGAUCCGAUUGAGAUACCAGAUCCGGCUGGCCCAGGGAACAACUGCAGAGUUUACUUUGGCAUAUGCCAAUCCAACCUUAUGGACCGCCUUAGAGCCCGACCUGGCGAUUAUUUGCGGCUGCCUCCCUAUGCUUGGACCGCUAUUUAAUGGCUCGCUUAGAAUGCAUCCUUUCACGUGGAUUCGCAGAUCCCUAGAUCGUGACUACGGUAAUGUCGAGAGGGAUAGAAUUCCAGUUGCCAUACGUGCACUUCGGAGCAUAGGCGGCUCAUCGAUGCAUAGGGGCAAAACGGGAAAGGGUAACAAAAGCCAGGGCUUUAGAAUAUCGCGCAGUUCUAUAAGACCAUUUAGGAAUAUCGAAGACGAUUUCGAUAGUGUUGAAGUAAAUAGCCACGGACAUAGCAGGGAAGUUAAUCGAGAAACAUUUGGUCCUUGGUCUCAAGGGUAUGCCGCCGAAUAUCGUGCCGUGGAGAGAAAGACUGGGGAUGAUGGGGUCGAUGAAGUCCCGCUCGGAGUUAUCACGGUAGAGACUGUGGUUGACUGGAGGGGAAACAGUUCUUCUUCUGACGCCAUAUAGUCUUUAGAACCUAGGAUGCAACAUUGCAUCUGUUGGGAUAACGGUCACGUGAUCUCGUCACAUGACCAGGGUUAUGCCCAUACACACCGCCCACGCACAGCCCACGCAUUUGUACAAUAGAUAUCUUUCCCCACUCGGGGGAACCCCUCCUCUCUUACCUUAGAACAACCAAUCAGAACACGAUCGUUAUUUGCAUUCCCUUUCAUAUUAUUACGUAAUACAU